AUGGGACUGAUCAAUGGGCUCCGAGAAAGACCUUUCUCCCAAUCUAUAUCAAAAAGACAUCCAAAUUCUUUGAAUGAUGUACAAGAACGAGCCAAAAAAUACAUCAAUAUGGAAGAAAAUGCCAGACUACGAGAGCCGAGCUGGCGACUAGGACACCUUCACCAGCCAAAGGAAAAAGAGAGGGAGCCCAAGAGAAAAGAAGAAGUCGGACCUGAGAAGCCUAGAAGGUACCACAAUUAUACACCAUUACGAGUUUCCCUCAUGGAUGUUUAUAGGAAAAUUUGUCACACCGAGAAGCUUCUUCCCCCACACCCUAUCAAAAAUAAAAAGGGCGGAAGCCGUAGUGAAUAUUGCGAGUACCACAAGCUGUACGGGCAUUCCACGAACGAUUUUUAUGACCUAAAAAAUAUGAUUGAAAAGCUGGGCAGGGAAGGUCGGAUGGACAGAUAUCUCAUGGAAAGGUCGGAUAAUCACGAAAAAAAGAAGAGAGACGACGAAUACCUCAACCAAAGAGGUAUGCCCCCACAGACUCCAGAACGGCACAUUCACAUGAUAUCAAGAGGAUUCGCUGGAGGGGGGCUGACCAAGUCGUCUCAGAAGAGACAUUUAAAAGAAGUCUACCAGAUCGGGAACGAUGGGCCCGACUUCCCAACAAUAUCCUUCACCAGAGAAGAUGGGCAGGGGAUUGUACUCGGGCAUGACAACCCAGUAGUGAUCACCAUGAUCCUUGCCAAUGCUCACUUGCACAGAACUCUAGUGGACCAGGACAGCUCAACCGACAUAUUAUUUAAGCCAGCAUUCGAUAAGUUGGGAUUAGAUGAGAAUGAGCUAAAAGCCUAUCCAGACACCCUCUUCGGGUUAGGAGAUUCUCCCAUUAACCCAUUGGGCUUCAUCUCCCAAUAUACAACUUUUGGAAAGGGAUUGAAGUCCAAAACUUUAAACAUCGACUUCAUCGUCGUAGAUGUGACUUCGGCUUAUAAUGCAUUGAUUGGGAGGACAACCCUAAACUGGUUAGGAGCAGUCGUCUCCACUCCUCAUCUUUGCAUGAAAUUUCCAACGAAAGAUGGAAUUGCCACCAUCAGAGGAGAUAAAAAAUUGGCAAGAAAGUGCUAUAAUGAGAGCCUGAACCUCCGAAAAAAGGGGUAA